CCGCUGCUACCAACCAAAACCACCCCUUUCUCUCUCCCAACAGCCACCGCUUCGCUUUACCAAAUCGACGGUUGAUAUGGCUCAGCUGAUUCGCCGCGCCGCCGCUCUCAACAAAUCCCUCCCCGCCGCCUCCUUCGCGGCCCGGGGCCUCGCCUCCACAUCCCCAAUCACGGUGGAGACCUCCCUCCCCUUCACCGGCCACAACAUCGAUCCGCCCUCCCGCUCCGUCGAGACCUCCCCGCAGGAGCUCCUCACCUUCUUCCGCGACAUGGCGCUCAUGCGCCGAAUGGAAAUCGCCGCCGAUUCGCUCUACAAGGCCAAGCUGAUUCGCGGAUUCUGCCACCUGUACGACGGCCAGGAGGCCGUCUGCGUCGGGAUGGAGGCCGCUAUUAAUCGGAAGGAUUGCAUAAUCACCGCCUACCGCGACCACUGCAUCUUCCUAGGGCGCGGGGGGACGCUGCUCGAAGCGUUCGCGGAGCUGAUGGGGAGGAAGGACGGCUGCUCCAAGGGGAAGGGAGGAUCGAUGCAUUUCUACAAAAAGGAAGGGGGUUUUUACGGCGGACAUGGAAUUGUUGGGGCGCAGGUUCCGUUGGGAUGUGGAUUGGCCUUCGCUCAGAAGUACAGCAAGGAUGAGAGUGUGACGUUCGCGAUGUACGGAGACGGUGCUGCCAACCAGGGGCAGUUGUUUGAGGCGUUGAACAUGGCCGCGCUUUGGGAUCUGCCUGCUAUUUUGGUCUGCGAGAAUAAUCACUAUGGAAUGGGCACAGCAGAAUGGAGGGCGGCAAAGAGUCCUGCUUAUUACAAGAGAGGAGAUUAUGUUCCAGGUUUGAAGGUGGAUGGUAUGGAUGCCCUUGCUGUGAAACAAGCAUGCAAGUUUGCAAAGGAGCAUGCCCUCAAGAAUGGACCAAUUAUUCUUGAAAUGGACACCUACAGAUACCAUGGACAUUCCAUGUCUGAUCCUGGAAGCACAUAUCGUACACGUGAUGAAAUUUCUGGUGUUAGACAGGAGCGUGAUCCAAUUGAAAGAAUCAGAAAGCUUGUCCUGGCUCACGAUCUUGCCACUGAGAAGGAACUAAAGGAUACUGAGAAAGAAGUAAGAAAAGAGGUGGAUGAAGCCAUUGCACAAGCUAAGGAGAGUCCCAUGCCUGACCCUUCAGAGCUGUUCAGCAAUGUAUAUGCCAAAGGCCUGGGAACUGAGUCAUUUGGAGCAGACAGAAAAGAAGUGAGAACUGUACUUCCAUGAGUGAGAACCAUCAAUAAUGAUUCAAUAUGCCAAGCCCCAUGCGUGGACUAACUGGCAAUAAAGCAAUUAGAACUCAGACAAAAUAAGAGUUGCUGUUGGAGAAUCUCGAUAUCCUGAUGAAAGUGUCACUUAUUUUUUGUUUUGCUUCUUCGCCCUUUCCCAAUAUGUGGAUAUUAGAGAAGAUUGAUUGUGUUUGGUUUCUACUCUUAUUGAUUAAAUUUUUUGCAGCAGAACUCAAAUGCGAAAACUGAAAUUGAAAGAGAAUGACGAGUCAGCUUUUGUGUA